ACACUCACCAUGGUCAUUGCUAAACCCUUGUUCAGCUCUAAAACGCCAUUUUUGUUCCCUUCUCAUCAUAAUUUCUGGAAUUUCUUCGUCAAGGAUCCUCAGUCUUCCAUGGGUACGAAACCCAUUUCCACAAAAUGCCCAUCCUCAACGCAAAAUUAUGCGCAGGAAAUAACAGACGCCAAGGGCAGUAUCAGCCUACAAGAAUGGCAAGGUUGGGGCCCCAUUUCGCCAGUACCCUCGAUGGUUAAUCAAGUUAUUCACGAUUUGAAGCUUUUGGAGAAAGAAGUUGGCGCUUGCAUGACGUUUGAUGGCAACCACGGCAAACUCUCGGUUGAAAUUACAAACACCCAAUACGCUCACUUUUUUAGUGUCUUUGGUUUUGUUCUACUGUACUUUUGUGGUUCUCAUUCUGGUACUGAAUUGAAACAGAAUGGUACAAGUAUUGCUGUGGCUACUUCAUGCGUUCUUUUCUGCAAUGAUUUGCAUGUUGACAUAAAGAGUGUGUUAGAUAAUUGGAGUUUAGUUGACUACUUCUCGGGACAUGUUCGCUUCACUCGCCAAAUAGCUUGCCGGUUACUUGGAAGUAGGGGUUAUCUAUGCCAGAAGGACUUCUUAAGACAGAACAAUACUGGAAAGUUGUUGUGGCAAGUAUUUGGUGUCAAAGCUGCAAGUUUGUGUCUCUUUGGUAUAACUGAGGAUGAGGAAAUAAUGUGGAAUGAAUUGAGUCGUUCAGGUAGAAACAUGGUUUGGUGCCUCUACCCAAGUAAAAAUGCUUUUACUGAAUCUGUCAAGGAUGGUGCAAAUGAAGAUAACACCAUGCACUUUAUUUUAAUCGAUGGCACCUGGAGCAAUUCAAGUGCCAUGUUUAGGCGCUUACAGGAUCGAGCUGAACUAGAAUGGAAUAAGGAACUUCGCUGCAUAACUUUGAACACGGGUGUAUCUUUGAUGCAUAAACUAAGGCCCCAACCUUCAUGGGAUAGAACGUGUACAGCAGCUGCAGCAGCAGGUCUCCUUUAUGAGCUCCAGCUAAUUCGAGAGCUGAGUACCUUUGGCUUGGAGGUGUCAGCUAAUUCUGUCGAGCAUGCAUUGGAGGUGUUAUUACAAGCUCUAACUACAAGAAGGCUCCGCAUGGGCAGGUCAAUUACUCGCGAAGGCUUAGGCCGCAGUAAAGUUGUUGUUUGUUUUCCGCCUGUGAGCGGCAGCUCCACCCAUGAGAUGCCUUGGCAACAAGCUAACCCCGACCAAACUUCAUAUCAGGUUGAUCUGGCAGAGGGAGUUCCACCAUUUGUGCACAUCAGACAAAAUGAAUUUUGGGGAAUGAAACCCAAGAAGUUGAAGGAUGAGGAUAUUGUUGUUUGUGAAUGCAAGUAUGAUCCCUUUAACCCUGAAAGUGCAUGUGGGGAAAGCUGUCUGAAUGUGCUAACCAACACAGAGUGCACACCAGGAUACUGCCCUUGCGGUGAGCACUGCAGUAAUCAGAAAUUUCAGAAAUGUGAAUAUGCAGAGACUAAGUUGUUUAAAACUGAAGGGCGUGGUUGGGGUCUUGUAGCUAAUCAGAAAAUAAAGGCUGGACAAUUCAUUAUAGAAUACUGUGGAGAAGUCAUUUCAUCGGAAGAAGCCAAGCAAAGAUCCCAAACUUAUGAAGCUCAAGGUCUUAAGGAUGCAUAUAUUAUAUCUCUGAAUGCAAAUCAUUUCAUUGAUGCGACAAAGAAAGGAAGCCUUGCGAGAUUCAUAAAUCAUUCAUGUCAACCAAAUUGUGAGACAAGAAAGUGGACAGUGUUAGGAGAGACGAGAGUUGGAAUAUUUGCGAAGGAAGAUAUUGUUGAUGGAACUGAACUGGCUUAUGACUAUAACUUCGAAUGGUAUGGAGGUCUCACUGUUCGUUGUCUCUGUGGGGCAGCUAAUUGUUCUUUAUUUCUUGGUGCAAAGUCUCAUGGUUUCCAGGAAUAUUACCAUGUUUGGGAAGAUGGAGAUGACAGAUACACAGUUGAAAAUAUCCCACUCUAUGAUUCUGCUGAGGACGAACCUUUUCCAAGGCCUGAUUUCACGAUGAUCGCUGUCAAACAUGAAUCAACAGUGAAUGACCCCUCUUUAAUGGAAAAUGGUGGUGGAUCUAUAGUCAAGUUUGAGGCUGCUUCUGUCACGCAAUCUAAUUACUCAGUUAGUCCGCCUAUGUCAGCGAAACCAAUGGCUGCCGAAAGGAACAAAGCUACAGACCUUAGUGUGGGGGACAAAGGACAGGUGUUUUCUCAAACAAAUUCAAUGAUAUCUCGUAUCCGAAGUAACAGUGCCUGCCGGAAUUAUAACAUUGGACCAAACACUUCCUCUAAGAAAAGAUCCCAGCAAAAAUUGAAGCCAAGAACAAAGACAUUUGGCAGGAAACAAGUCAGCUACAAACCUGUUGUUGAACUUUUUGCAUCAAAGAAAGCACGAGAAGAAAUAAUAAGAUAUGAGGAACUUAAAAAGGAAGCCACCAGUGUACUGAACUCCUUGUACGACGAGAUUCGUCCUGCCAUAGAGGAACACGAAAGAGAUAGCCAGGAUAGUGUGUCGACCAGUGUGGCUGAGAAGUGGAUACAAGCAACCUGCUCCAAGUGGAAAGCGGAGUUCGAUUUCCACUUUUCCAUAGUUAAAAAUGUCUUGUGCCCUCCCAGUGAGGAAGCUAACCCUUCUGGAUGUGGCGAACAUCUUGUCCAGAAUGAAAUCAAGUAUUUGACACAUUAGUCAACUCUUUUUCGGCAUUGAUGCGCUUUUAAAGUUGUAUUCCAAAAUUUUGAAUACUAAAUUUAGUUCAUUGCUUAGUUUAGCUUUAGCCGUUAAUGCUCCAAGAUUCUAUGUUUGUCCUACCCAUUUUCUACAAGAUUGCAUAGAAGUUUACUGGCACUGAGAAAUAUUCAACUGUUAUUUCUUUUCUUUUGAGUUUAUGGAAUUAUUUGAUAUCUAACAAGUAAACGAUUUGUACUAGUUAGAAAGUCUGAGAAAUUAGCGAAAAUUCAAUCGGGUGCGUCUA